AUGGGAGAAAUCAAGGCGCUGAUAUUCGAGACUGCCAAUAACAUGGAAGGAACAAUUCCUCCUGAGAUUUCCAUGCUGGGGAAAAGCUUGCAGUCGAUCGUUUUGCGUCUGCAAUUGCAACUCGAGGGAUCCAUCCCCACUGAGUUUGGACUGCUGACAAAAUUGGCUCAAUUAUUGUUGACUACUACAAACAUUGGUGGCUCCUUUCCAACCGAGUUUGGUCAACUGCAGAGCCUUCAGUUGGUAGCACUUGGCGGGAUUCCAAUUCAUGGGCAUAUUCCUUCAGAGAUUGGACGACUGUGCAACUUAUCGACAUUUGUUGUGGCGAGAACUGAUUUAACAGGUUCAGUACCAGGUGAGCUUUACAAAUUGCCUGGCCUGCAGUCUCUAUCAAUUCAGGAGUGCCCUUGGCAGGAAACUGAAUAUAUCCUUCAAGAAGUCAUUCACAACGCAAUGCAGCUUCAUUCACUAUCACUAUCAAGCCGAAGCAGUGGGACAGUAAUGUCAAUUCCAUCUGAACUUGGGAAGCUGACAGAACUGACAAGUCUCAUUUUGUUGGACUGGAAUCUUCAUGGAACUAUUCCAAACCAACUUGGAAAAUUAGAGAAUUUGACAUAUCUAGGCUUGAGAGGAAACUCAGUCUCAGGAACUGUACCCCCAGCCUUGUUGGAGAUGACAAAGCUGACCAACCUCAAUGUUGGCUCCAACAAGUUUGCAGGAGCAGUGCCUCCUGAUCUCUUUUCCCGACUUUCCAACUUGAAGUUCCUAUACCUGAAUGACAACCUGUUCACGGGCACUGUUCCUACAGAAGUGGGUCAUCUGUCUGAUCUCAGGACACUAGAAUUUCAGAAUACCAACGUAUCUGGCACCCUCCCUACAGCACUACUUACUGCGGAGAACUUGACCAGCUUGGUAGUCACAGACACAUCCUUGUCGGGCAGCAUCCCUGAAGAGCUGUGUGACAGAAUGCAUCAGCAGGAAUUGAUAUGCUAUGGCCGUUCGCCAUGUAAACGCUUGCCAGUGAAAACCAACACAACAGUCUGCCAUGGCACUUCCCUUUGUGGGUGUGAUUGUGGUCCUUGCAAGCUUAACUAA